AUGGAUGAUUGCAAUGCGCCUUACGAGCUGGUGUGGUGUGAGGAUCUCCGCCUUGGACUUUCCGCUAUCGAAUGGGAGGUUCCAGCUCGGGCUUCACGGGGAAAUACCUCCACCUCACCGAACCUCAUCCGGGGGGAUGAAACAAGCUGUGCAGAUGAUUGGGAACCUGGCAACCUCGAGUCGAAAGAGAUUCAAGUCGAGAUGGACGACGUGCCACUCAAGGGUGCCAUUGGCGCACACCCCUGCCCGGGAGAACAGGCUACCCUGCGCAAGACUCAGCCACGAGACCUGGUACUUGAGCAAACACUUGCAAUCGAGAAGAGUAUCUGGUGGCAUGGCGACCCAGAACCCUAUGCAUAUGUGCCUCAGGAUAUUCCUCGGGGAUCGCACGCUCCAGUCGCACGAACAGUCAGGGGGACCCCCGACGAAGCCGUCUUCCUCCGGGCAUCAUCAACCAGGAACCAGUUAUGUAUCUUCAUCGAUCAACCGGCAGGAACCGGACUGGCCCAGCCGCCUCACAGCAAUGCCUAUACGCCUAGUCAUGCCCCUCGGCAAGUCAACUCGAGUAAGGGCGUUGACGGCAUUUCAUCUGGGCAGACUGAUCUGAGAACUACUACACCUUAUCCCGCCAUUGGACUGAACCCUGAAGUGGCGAAAACGUCUCAUGAGGACCAAUGUUCUAGCCGAUGGUACAUAUGUCACCAGAUUCCAUCGCUUAGCAAUAUGAUAUUCUGCAAAUUCACAAAGAACGUUAAAUGCGAUAGAUGA